AGAUGAGCAGCAGGCACAACUGGACGAGAUUGCUCCUAAUAUGUCUGAUUGUACUUUUGAAUCACACAGCAAGUCCCUUGGCCAAACAGGUGACACUGAGACCUUUGGAAUCAGCAGAGAUUCGAGCAUUGGAGCACUCGAUUUCCAAGGGACGAUCGGUAGCCAGUGGCUUGGCUGCCAUCACUGGGUUCGCCCUGGGCUUGGGAAAAGCACUCACUGGAGUCUUCAUCUAUGAUGUCAUCACUGCCAAUAUCACCGAAUCAGAGGAUACUGUUCAACCUGUUCAAUCAAAAAGUGCUUCCUUUAGGGAAGUCUGUUUUGGCACUGAAAGCUCUAAUUCGGAUAUAACCUGCCUAGUUUACUAUACAAAUAACUGAAACUAAAGAAAUUAAAAUGAUUUUGGA